UGUCAAAAUGGAGUUCUUACUAGGCAAUCCCUACAGCACUCCCGUGGGCCAGUGUAUAGAGCGGGCCACAGAUGGAGGCCUACAGAAUGAAGACUGGACCCUCAACAUGGAGAUCUGUGAUAUCAUAAAUGAGACAGACGAGGGGCCAAAAGAUGCUGUGCGGGCACUGAAGAAAAGACUCAGUGGUAACAAGAAUUAUAGAGAAGUGAUGCUGGCUCUAAUGGUGUUGGAGACGUGUGUGAAGAACUGCGGGCACAGAUUUCACGUCCAGGUGGCCAACAGAGAUUUUAUUGAUGGUGUUUUGGUCAAAAUCAUCUCCCCGAAAACCAAUCCUCCAACCAUUGUACAAGACAAAGUCCUGUCUCUUAUACAGGCCUGGGCUGACGCCUUCAGGAGUAGCCCCGAUCUAACUGGGGUGGUCCACAUAUACGAGGAACUGAAGAGAAAAGGCAUUGAGUUCCCGAUGGCAGAUCUGGAUGCAUUGUCUCCCAUCCACACGCCACAGAGGGGUACCCCAGAGGUGGAUCCAGCCAUGAUCAAGUACCUAGCCCCUGCAUCACCUGCUGCAGGGCCUCCUAAUCCUUCCCCUGCCCCUGCCCCGGCCCCGGCCCCUACCUCUGCCACACAGGUGUCCCAAAUGCCCAGCCCCAUCACAGCAACCCCUGAACAGAUUGCACGGCUGCGUAGUGAGCUGGAUGUAGUGAGAGGAAACAUCAAAGUCAUGUCAGAGAUGCUAACAGAGAUGGUGCCCGGCCAAGAAGAUGCCUCAGACCUGGAACUGCUGCAGGAGCUGAACAGGACAUGCAGGGCUAUGCAGCAGAGAGUGGUUGAGCUGAUUUCACGUGUGUCUAAUGAGGAGGUGACUGAGGAGCUGCUGCAUGUCAAUGAUGACCUCAACAACAUUUUCCUCCGAUAUGAGAGGUACGAGAGGUACAGGUCGGGUAGAGCCGCGCAGAACAAUGGGAUGUUGAGUGAGGCCUCAGAGGACAACCUGAUAGACCUGGGCCCAGGCUCCCCGGCUGUGGUCACGCCCUGGGUCACCUCCAGCUCUCCCUCCCACUCUCCUGCCGGGGCCGCUGCCUCCCCUGCCCAUAAUUCAACCACAGCCUCGCUAACCUCUGCACUUGGUAGCCUUGAUGUAGGUUCAGACAGUGCGAGUGGCGCCCCGUCUUCUCUACCAGGCCGCAACCGGGAUGACUUUGACAUGUUUGCCCAGACCAGGAGCAGCUCUCUGGCUGAACAACGCAAAAAUGUAAAAUAUGAGGACCCUCAGGCUCUGGGCGGCCUGGCCUCGGCUUUGGAUGUUAGACAACAUAACACAGGAGGGAUCCCCGUAUCGCAGUCCUCUGUCAUGGAUGACAUAGAGGAGUGGCUCUGUGCUGACGUGAAAGGUGAUGUUGCAGAGGAAGGGGUGACCAGUGAAGAGUUCGAUAAAUUCCUGGAGGAGAGAGCGAAGGUGGCAGACACUCUGCCAUCUCCCCCGGGAGCUAACCCUCCUCACCCUGCCCGUGCCCCUAGUGGAUCCCACAAGAAGGCAGAGCGGACGGAAGAUGCCCUCUUUGCCUUGUAGACUCUUCUCAGAGAAUCUCUCUCCAGGGCAUCUAAAGGUCCUCGCCCUAAAUGAUUCCCCUCAAACAGUCCCUCCAGUCCCAUUUCAUCGCUGACCGGCAGUGGUGUAGCAAGUGAUCUCCACCUCCUUGUAAUUCUUGCCACAGUGUUGCCCUAGCAUACAGAGGUCCAACAUGUUCACUGCGCACUACUGUGUUGCGUUUAACUAUAUAUGGAUGUAUUAAUCUGUAAGUGUGGGAUGUACUCGCAGCAGUGCAUCUAAUUCGUAACGCUCCACCAAAGGACUUGUUAACUUAAUAGAUGACAUUUAAAGAUGUGGUGUAUUACUGAGGGAUUAAUGGAAAAUUUCACUGCAGGUCCACGCAUGAAGUCAGUUUGGAAGCAUAAAAUUAGGAUUAUAUGAUGUUUGACCACAUGCGGCUAAUUCUUGCUAAUUUAUGCAUUUACUGUUUUAAUGGUUUGUUCUGUACUAUGUACUAGCGCUGUGUUUAUGGUUGAUUCAUGCUUUUUUAUUUUCUACGAAUAGUCCAGUUAAGAGUUUUAGUUACGUUUUUAAUCCUGAGGUAUGUGUGGAAUGACAGCACAUUUUAUGACCCAGUUUGACUGAAACAGAAUGGAGAAAAAACUGUUAGCAGGCUAACAUUGCUAACUAGCGACAUAUUAGCUAAAUUAUAGCUGAUAUUGAUAAAAAUGUUUAUGCCAGCAUUCCUUUAACCAAAGGGAAUAGAGACUAAAACAAUCUAAAAAGCACUAGUUAAGAUUCUCUGUUAUGUAUUUCAAAUGGUUAUGAGGAAGGAACGUGCCCAUGCAAUAUUUCCCAUCAGUCUUUUCAGUCUCCUGACAAGCUACAACAAGUUAGCUGAAAAAAGUAUGCUCCUGAAACAUUUAGCCAUUCCAAAGAAUAUUUAGGCUUUAAUGACCAAUCAGCACUUAAUUUCACCUGUUGAACAAUAAUUGCGUUCAAGUGUUAUAAAUGCUAUGAUAUCAUGAACAUUUUCCUUCCUCUGCUAUAUUAAUGUCUGUGCACUUUGAAGCAAAAACAAAUCUGUAUUUUGUCCUUUGUGUUUACAAGAUGGUUACUAUUUUUCUAGGGGAUGGGAAACGGUCUGUAGAUUGACUUCAUUUUGCACAUAACUUUUUUAACUGUUUAAUUCAAGCACUCGUUCACAAAACACACUCAUAGAAGUGGAUGGAUUGAAUUUCAAAGAUACGAUUUCAAAAGGUUUUAAAAAAUAAUAGAAAUUACAUGAAGAUACAAGACAAAAAUAUGGCAUUUAAAUGAUUGGCAUGCAUUAGCGCCGGCAUCAUAAUCAUGUAAAAGACAAAACUUAUAGCUUACAAUAAUGCACUAUUGUAAUGGAUGUAUUCAUAUAGGUAGAUCUUCACAUACUCUAUACUAUGUAUUCUAUAUACCUCAAAAUACAGAAAUAUUUCUGUAUCUGGUUAAAAAUGUAUUGGCUCAUAGUAAUAUCAAGAAGGCAGGGAGGUUUAUGUAUUAUUUCAUCCCCUGAUUGUAUUUUUAUAGCUCAUGUAAAAAAGGAAAAAAAAAUCAUGUUUGUACCCAUUUAUUGAACAUUUUUCAAACACAGUUGUACUUUCUUUGAUUUGCGCAGACAAAGACAUAUUUGCAUUGUUGGUGUGUUUUCAUGAUUCAUCUGCUCUUGUUAGAGCUGCCUCCAAGCAUUUCUGUGAUUGACUGAUUUCAGAAAAGUAGCACUGACUGUAAUGAGUCUUUGGUGUACUUAAGAUCACACUGAGGCAAAAAAAGCAAUCCUGUCUAUUCAUUCCAGCUCUUUUGCUGACGCUUUGGUUUGUUCUAGCCUUGCUCUGCUCUUCAAAGAUUUUUUUUCUUUCUUUCAGUCCAUUAAAGACCAAAAGCCUUGUCAAUUCAAGGCAGUACAUUUGAAUUUCCUCCCAAGUAGUAAAAGCCUAAUCAUGCAUCAACAUUACUUGUUGAAUUAUGGAGAGAAAUAGUCAUGGUUCGUUAUAUUUGUUAACGUAGAUGCAACAGUGAUAUUGAAAAAAUAUUUGUCUACAUAAUCAGUAUGAUUAAAUAUUUAAAUUUAUUUCAGUGGAAAAAAGUAAUGAUUAAUGAAAUUUAACUUUGUUUCAAAUUGUAUGGUUACAUAUGGUUAUGUAAGUUUAAUAAAUUUGCCAGGUAACUGAGUGAGAUAAUAGCAUCAAAUUUACAAUCAACCACUGUGUCCACUUUGAAAAAGUAAACAAGGCAAGCAGAAAUGAGAUGUUUACUAAAAUGUAACAGGAGGUCCUUUUAAAGGGAACUUCAGUAUUUUUUCUGUGUUAUGUUAUGUAUCUCUGGACCUGUAACAGAGUGUACUGUGUUACUUGCUUUUAUGAAGCUUUAGUCUUGAUUGCAACAUGUAUUCCUCGAAAUUCUGGCUUUGUUAAAAUGGUUACUGAAUGUCUUUUAAUACUGAAGAGUCAAACAUUUAGACAUGGAAGAGAGACUUGUUUUCUGUUAGUGGACGUCUCGUGUCUGUUUGGCUGUGCCGUCUGCUGCCAUUAAUAAGGGUCAGAAAUCUAUUUGACCUGAUCCACGUAUGUAACUGCCCAAUAAAACACUAGCAAUGUGU